AUGGAAAUGGAAAACGCUUCGUUCAUAGCGGAGUACUCAUUAAGCAACGUUACCGACGUAAUGAAUGACUCAAGGUGUCCAGAGCCGGGCGGUAUCAUAUACAUGGCCCUGGAAUGCUAUCCCGUGACCGUGGCCAUUCUGGUCUCUAAUAUCGUCCUCUGCAUCUUGGCAACUGUCAUCAUCUUCAUGAAUGUCCUGUCGGCCACGGCGGUCUAUCUGAGGGACGAAGUGGACAAUCCGUCCGACCUCCUCAUCGCGUCACUGGCCAUAUCGGACACAGUUGUGGGAAUGUUUCUAGUCUACCAGUCCGCCUACAAUCUGGGUAACUGGCAGGUUUUCUUAGAGUGCCUGUUUCGUUACGGAAUUCUGGCCUCCGCUAACAUUUCCUCCAUGUUCCACCUGUGUCUACUGACCAUAGACAGGUAUGUCAAGAUAACUCGACCCUACCUGUACCCACGGGUCUUCACCAACAAGUUCGUCAUCGGCAUCUCGUUCGCGACAUGGCUUCUGUCUCUCUUUCUCGGUUUUCUACCAAUGCUUGGCUGGAAUAAGGGCACCCCACUCUCACGACGGGCCCAAUGUGGCUUCUAUUUCGUCAUGGACAGAGGGUAUAUACUCUUUCUGGACAUCCUCUUUUACGCACCCGUCAUCGUUAACAUCUUUCUCUACGGUCACAUGUUCAAAGUCGCCCAAAGGCACGCCAAGGUCAUUGCCGCUCAGCAGAGCACGACGUCGGACAUCGGACCUUCAAAAGGAACGCUGCAGUUUGCCAAAACCGUGUUCAUUCUCAUGGGGCUAUACGUGGCCUGUUGGACACCGACAGGAAUAUUUAUGUUCCUGGAGUACCACGACCACUUGGAAUACAUGAGCCUGGCUGACAAAGGCAUGGUGAUGAUGUACCUCAGCGUGCUCGCCUACAUUAACAGUCUGGUAAACCCAAUUGUCUACGCCAUCAAGAUUCCGUACAUCAAGAAGAAGUUUGGGCAGGUGUCGGACAAGAUGUUGUGCCGUAAAUAA